AUGACCAACUCUCACGGAUUCGUGCUCGAGUAUCCGCGCAUUCGUGUCGACCACUUCGAUCAAGCGCGCGUGCCGCUCCCUGCCUCGCUUCUCGCCCACCGCCGCUCUAUCGCCAAGGAUGUCGCCGAUGCAGGUUCCAACCUCGAUGGUCUCUCCUUCGCUCCCGGACAAACACACUUUGACAUGCCCUUGCUCUACCUGCUCACACACAUCCACACCGACCACCUCAAGGGCCUCGAUCGUCCAGGUAUCACCGUCCCCAUCUACUGCAGCACCACCACCAAACAGCUCUUGCUCAAGUACGAGCGGCAAAAGACGCGCGUCGAGAAGGACCGCGAUGGCACGCAUACCAAGAAUGUCGGUGUUGUGCGGCCCUACGCUCAUCUGCGUGUCACCGACGACCACGCCGCGACGAAAGCAAAGCUGUCAGGAUAUCAGUCGACCAGUGUGGAUUUGCUCCACCCACUGCCGUUCAACGUUCCCACAAAGGUGCAGUACACACCAACAUCAAGCGUGACCUUGACGCUGAUCGAGAGCAACCACAUGGUUGGCGGCGCUAUGUUUUUGAUACAAGGCGCCCAGGGUGCGGUGCUGCAUACAGGUGAUAUGCGAGCAGAGGAGUGGUGGUGUGAGGCUCUUACUCGCAACCCGUCUCUAUCGCCCUAUCUCUGUUGGGGCAUACAGGGAGAUGCAGCGGCGCAGACUGACGGUGUCGAAAGACAAGACUGGGCCGAUAACAUCGAAUCGCUCGGAAGCAACGCCUCGUCGUCUCGUCCAGCGGAUGAAUCCCUUUCUCAGUCGUAUAUCGACUCGCAGUCUCAAGAUCACCACAUUCGUCACCUCUCUGACGGCAAUCGUGCGCACGACCUAAAUCCAGCAACCAAGGGCAAGCCAUGGUAUCGAUCUCAGCUACGUCUUCGCAACAUCUACCUCGACACAGAGCUCCUCCUCUGCAACCAAAAAGUGCCCACCAAGCAACAGGCCUGCCUCGACAUGGUCAUGCUCAUGCGCAUGUACCCGCCCUCCACCGUCUUCUUUCUCAACUGCUGGACAUGGGGAUAUGAAGACAUGCUGAUCGUCACAGCAAAAGCCUUUGGAUGCAAGAUCCACGUUGACCGCUUCAAGUACAUCAUGUACAAGGCUGCCCGAACUGAAGCACCCUUUCUAGCCGACAUCAUCACUCAGGAUGGCAGCAAAACUCGCUUCCACGCAUGCGAGAAGCGGAAUGUAUGCUCUACAGUGCAAGCUCUUGCGUUGCGGUACUCGACCGCUGCCGAUCCAGCGUUGGCCAGAGAAGCAUUGGCCGCGCACUCACAGAUUGACAGCAGCAGUCCUGAUACACGGCAGAGGUGGGGCCCUCCGCGCUCGCAACCAGAGCCGUUGCUCGUGUACGUCAAUCCGGGCCAGAUCGCUGCAGAAAAGUGGCCGUCCAUGUUGGAAGAUACCAGACUUCGGCUGGAGGCUGCACAGAGACACGAGACUGCUUGGCCUGAAGCGCUCGUAGUACCGAUAGAACGCCAUUCGACGCUGCCUGAGCUGCAGAUGUUUGUCAGCCUCUUUCGCCCAAAGACCGUAUCGCCGAAUACCAUCUUGGACCCCAAGGGCGGUCUCGACUAUUACCUGCUCCAUCACCUGUUCGGCCAUCUUCUUGCUGGAGCAGAUGAUCGCCGCAGGAUGGCUGACGAAGGGCUGCUGCUGCUCGGCAACCAGACGUGGAGCUUUUACGAGGCGCAGCUGGCGCGCGCGCGCGAGCAGGCGCAAGCCAAACGAAUCGGCGGAGGCGUGGGCGAUUCAGCCGAAGCCGUUCGAGCGGCGAGUGCAAGCCUCAAUGCCAACGUACACGCAGAGAGCGUCAGCGGGAGCCUCGAUGCCUGGCAGCUGGAACGGCUUUCACAAUUGAGAGGUAUCAGCUUCAAAGGCUUGAUGAUGCAGAACAUGGCGGGCAAUUUGGCGGCGAUGCUCGAAAUCGAGCGCUGGAGAAGAGCAGCGGGUAUCGAGGAGCCGACUAGAGGCCUUGACAACGUGAUAGAGGAAUCUUUGGGCAGCACGCAGAGUAAGACAGACGCUAGCGUGUCCAGCGUCGGCUACGAUGCGGAUCACAGCCAGUUUGCAGAGACGCAGGUGGUGACGCGCGAGGCGGGCUUGAGUCGCAAUAUGCACGCAGAUGAAGUUGCGCAGUCCUUGUCUGCGCCGACUGUACACGCAGGGGCGUGUGAUGAGAGCUUGAAGGACAACGCAUGCGCUUCAACACCGUUUGCGCACGACAUUGCAGCGGAGCCGGAGCCUCGUGCAGCAGCAGCUUCAGUUUCAGUGUUGGUCGAACCGUCGCAGCACUCACAGCUAUCCGCAGCCGAAGGCGAGGACGAUGAAGGAUCCACCGCACUGUCCGAAGACCUCGCAAGUCGAUACCUCAACGUCCUCAUCCACUACUUCAAUGUCUCUUUCCAUCGCACCGAUGCUUCGUACGUUCAAAUGUGGAAGUCGGUGCGCCGGGACAUGGCGGAAGAAGCACAAAAAGUCGAAGAGCACUGGUUUAGAGAGACCGGGGUGUUGCCGCCUUUGUGGAGCUCGCAGAUCGUCGCAUACGAACCCAAGCUCGAUAGCGGUGCAGCUAGUGACACUACCCCUGAUGAAACGACAGAGGAAGAUAAAGGAAGCGUGCUAGGCGACAUUUUGUCGUCGUUCAUCGACAUGCUUGCACCUCGAAGCCCGAUAGACGAAGAGGGCGAUCUCGUGGCGAUUCCAACGUCGCAGGACCGGACGGUUGCGCUGCAGCUCAUCUUGCGACACUUUACCAAGUUGGGUUUCCACAAUCCGAUCACAGCCGAAUCAUCGACGGGCGGACAAAGCCAUACGAGCUGUCCAGUUCGUUCCCUGGCGCGCGGAUGGAGGUCGAUGUCAGCGCCACUGACAUGUUUGACGAGCCGCCUCAUAUCCGAGCUACAGUCCCUCUCUCCGACCUUUGUCAACAACAUCGACCCGGAAAAUGUGCUGCUGAGCCUCCAGAUCACGGGCGUUCUGUUCGCAACUCCAGCAAUCAGCCGGGUCAUUGAUGUGGACGCUGUUCAAGCGCUACUAGAAUCGGUGAUCAAGCUUGUCGAAGCUGCACCGCGCAAUUUUUCGAUGCUGGGAAAAGGUCCGAGGAAGCUCAUCGCACUAGCGUGUGCGGUGUUGCGAGCGGAGGAGCUCGACGAGCACGUGUUGGCGCCCUUCGAGCAGCGUCUACUCGCUCUAGCACAAGACUCAAACGGUCCGUUGGCGACGAUGGAGAGCUUGGUCGAAGAAAGUGCGUCCACCGUGGUGUCUCAAUCUGCGCCUCAGGACCUCGCACACCAGUCGUUCGCGGCGCAGCAGCAAACCAACGAACAAGCAGGUGGGGAGUACAACUUCGAGGAGAGCACAGACGGCGAAGUAUCGAGCAUGCAAAUUCGUCCCCCGCGCGUUGCCUCGCUACCGGCAAGACGGCCAUCUCCGCACACCCGAACAACUCACACUCCAGAACCGGCUGUCGAAACAACGGACUCUAUCAUCGUCAGCGCAACCGAACACGACACGAUCGAGUCUGCUACAUCUUCGACCAACGGAGCGCCGCUCGAGCUCUCCCAGGCAUCGUCAGCAACGCAGGAGGAAGAAGAAACCCAGUCGGAGCAGGAAUCCCAGCUAGGCUCUUUGCCGAUGCGCAGACUGGCCAGGACGACGACUAUGGGUGGCGGAGGGGCUGCGAGGGCGGUGGGUCGUACGACGUCUUUGCCUACAUUCCUGCGCGACACGACGAAGUUGGACGGACAACGCAAACGAAGAUUCGAGGAGGUUGGGGAUGCUCAAAGCCCGCGCAGCAGAAAGUAG